AUGGCAGUGAUGGCAUCAGCCGCUGACUUCGCCUCAGAAAAUCCAGAGCCUGGAGACCUGAUAGAGAUUUUUAGGCCUGCAUAUCAGCACUGGGCACUCUACCUUGGGGAUGGGUACAUCAUCAAUGUGACCCCUGUGGAUGAAGGGCAGCCAGCAUCCUUUUCCAGCGCCAAGUCUGUCUUCAGCCGAAAGGCGGUGGUCCGCAUGCAGCUUCUCAAGGAUGUGGUUGGCAGUGACUCAUAUAGAAUCAACAAUAAGUAUGACAACAAGUAUGCACCACUUCCUGUGGGUGACAUCAUCUCACAAGCACAGUAUUUGAUUGGGCAGGAGGUGUCAUAUGACCUUCUGGGCAAUAACUGCGAGCACUUUGUCACCUUACUGCGCUAUGGCGAAGGUGUGUCAGAGCAGGCAUCCAGGGCAAUCGGAGCAAUCAGCUUUGUUACAGCUGCUGCCAGCGCCUGCUCUCUGCUGGGACUUGCCCAUAGCCGCACACGCCAGCGACACUUCUAA